AUGCUGGUGAGGCCACACCCACUAGUGAAGGUAUAAAUUGGGAGGUCUGGCCAUCAGCAUCACCCCUGCCCUCACCAUGAAGCUCAGUGGCCUCUUCCCCUUUAUGCUUCUUGCCCUGGGAACUCUGGCACUUUGGGCUGUGGAAGGUGCUGAAAAUGCUUUGAAAGCUGGGGCCUGCCCUCCUAGAAAAACUACCCAGUGCUUUGGAGAUGAGAAACCCAAGUGCAGUAGUGACUGGCAGUGUCCACACAAGAAGAAAUGUUGCCUUGACACUUGCGGAACCGAAUGCCUGGACCCUGUCAAUGUCACAAACCCAGUUAAGAAGAAGCCUGGGACGUGUCCAUUGGUCCAUGGCCAAUGUCUGAUGCUUAAACCCCUCAAUCACUGUGAGACAGACAACCAGUGCGUAGGUACAUUAAAGUGCUGCAAGGCUUUGUGUGGGAAAGUCUGCAUUUCCCCUGUGAAAGCCUGAUUGCUGCCAUUUGGGAGAGUCUCUGGAUUCCUACUCUGUGUGGUGUGGGAAUUCCAUUUCUACGCCCAGUCUUGGAUCACUCCUUGGCAAGACUUGGUUCUAACACCAAUAUCUUCUUUGCAGAAGAAGCCAACAAAUGCCUGUUGACUUAUCAAUAAAAAAAUGAGCAUGUUUCUCUCUGUA